AAAUGACAUCAACCACACCAGUAAUUACAACACCAGACACACCUACAACUACAUCAUCAACAACUCCUACAACAUCAACCCCACCUGAAACUACAACAUCGACCACACCUGCACCUACAACAUCAACCACAUCUACAACAACUACAAAAUCAACCACACCAGUAAUUACAACACCAGACACACCUACAACUACAUCAUCAACAACUCCUACAACAACUACAACAUCAACCCCACCUGAACCUACAACAUCAACCACAUCUACAACAACUACAAAAUCAACCACACCAGUAAUUACAACACCAGACACACCUACAACUACAUCAUCAACAACUCCUACAACAACUACAACAUCAACCCCACCUGAACCUACAACAUCAACCACAUCUACAACAACUACAAAAUCAACCACACCAGUAAUUACAACACCAGACACACCUACAACUACAUCAUCAACAACUCCUACAACAACUACAACAUCAACCCCACCUGAACCUACAACAUCAACCACAUCUACAACAACUACAAAAUCAACCACACCAGUAAUUACAACACCAGACACACCUACAACUACAUCAUCAACAACUCCUACAACAACUACAACAUCAACCCCACCUGAACCUACAACAUCAACCACAUCUACAACAACUACAAAAUCAACCAGUGAGUGGCAUUAAUUAUGACCUUUUCUC